GAGUCGUCGGCCUACCGCGCGCCAUUGCAGCGAUUCGAUUCACUCGACAAUAACCGGUGGUAGUGCGCCGUCUAAUUGAGCGGUAACGACUGAAAAACGGUUUGCCGUCUCACAGUUUUCCUCGAUAACGUACAACCAUCACACACCGCCCGACUACUGUCGCGCAUCACACGCGACUUGUAUAACAAUUUGAUGAUGCACCGCCGGACGACGAUCGGUGGUGGCCAAUCGUCGCGGUUUCUGUCGACGAUCGGCGCGUGGCUGUUGUUGUACUGGUGCUGCGCCGUCACGCCGGCUUGCGCCGCGGAAUCGGAGGACUUUGACGAUUAUCGUUUCGACGGCAGUCUCUGUGAGUUCUACCAGCUCAUCGAGCCGGGCAACAGAUCGUACUACUUGUACUCGCCCGGUUACCCAGACCAGUACCUGACCGCCCAGCAGGACCGAGAAUGCCGGUGGUUCGCCAAGACGCCUUCGCCCGCCGACCGGUUGGUGUUGGACUGUCACGAGUUUGAUUUGCCCGAGAGUUCAUUUUGUAAAUCGGACGCAUUAAUUGUGUCUCGAGUUGGCGACGCUAACUUUACGGAUGGCGUUAGACACUGUGGACCCAGGUCGUUCACGGCCGUCAGCCGCACCAACAAGAUGUACAUUAAGUUCGUGGCGAAACGUCAUAGCAGAAGCGGACGGUUCAUGUGCUCGGUGGGUGCGAAACGCGUAGACUUUUGGAUACCGGAAGCCGUGACGAACCCGCAGUUCUGCGAAUGUGGAGAGCAAGACAAGGGAGUGUUCGCCAAUGGGAAAACGGCCGGCGUGAACGAGUACCCUUUAAUAGCUUCGCUGAUCGACGGGCAGACGGCAAACCUGUUUUGCGGCGCGACGAUCAUCGGCAGGCAUCACGCACUGACUGCAGCCCGUUGUCUGGCUAACGUCAAUCCGUUUCAAAUUGCCCUUUUGGUCGGCGACCACGAUAUGACAUCUCUAGGUAGUGACGGCGAUCCGGCAUUACUGGUAGUGGUCACCGAAAUUUAUAUACACCCGUUGUUUGAUCCGUCAUCAAUCGCUUAUGACUUGGCUAUCGUCGAAACUCACGAAGUAAUUCCAUUUUCGUCUAAGGUAGGACCAGCAUGUUUACCAUUCAAGCACAUAUACAACGAUUUCGUUGGCGAUACCGUCAAAGUCCUCGGAUGGGGGACUGUAAACUUUGAUGAUCAUCCCGUAUCUGGUACCCUCCAUAAGUCGCACCUCAAAGUUGUACAGACGUCACAAUGUGCCGAAACGUAUAAAAACGAAACCGACCGUAAUCCGUUGUGUACACACUUUACCAAAGUCAAUUCUUGUCAAGUGGAUUCGGGCGGCCCACUUCUAUGGUCUGAUCCGUCUACUGGGAGAUUGAACGUCAUUGGUGUAGUUAGCAACAGGUUCGCCUGUUCUGAAUCGAUGCCAUCCAUGCACACCAGGCUAACGACAGCCAACAAUAUGAAUUGGAUUAAAGUGAUACUGACGGGGCAAUAUUAUUGUAGUUGAUUACAAUAACCGUAGCGCAUGUAUUCUGUAAGUGCCUGUGGAGUUUAUAUACAGAAAUAUUUUCAUUUUUUCCGAGAAAUUUAAUGAAAAUUUGAACCAUUCUAUUAACUAAUAUUUAUAUUACUAUUAUAAAACUAUACAUAAUGAAUACAUAUUGUUUCCUUUAAACUCGUGUUCUAAUUUAAUUGAAUUCAAUGAUGUUUAUUUUAUAUAUUUUUUUAAACGCCAUCAUAGUAUAUUCAGUGUUACAAACCUCGUUCAAAAAUUUCUGGUAUUGGGUGAGUUUGAUUUACUAGGUACCUAUUUGUAAUUAUGCUGGUUUAUGUAACACGGAAUGAUUCUUAAUCCCUUAAGAUAAAUAGACGGAUUGUAAAAAAAAUGUUCAAAUUAGUUGAAAGAAAUUGUCGUAUGGGUAAUGGACUUUGAUAAACUCUAAAUAUUACGUUUUGGUAUUGCUUACAUUUUUGUAAAUGUAGUUUUCUACGUUUUAAAUGUUCUUAUUCUUUACUCUAUAUAUAAUUAUACUAUCAUGUAUAAUAUACUUAAUGAGUGCACAUACUAGCACUGAUUAUACAUUUAUAAACACUGGUAAUUUAUGUAAUCAUGGUACAAUUGUACGAGUUAUAAGA